AUGAACAUCAUCAGUUCAUUUGUUUAUGGAUGCAACAAAAAUAGAAAGCAUCUGUUCGAUAUUGUAUCACCGUUCUUUGCACACCAAAAACUUGCUUAUCCGUUUAUUCCGAAUUAUUAUGCCGCAGUUUUGAUGAUAUCCUUUAAAUUAUCAAUCCACGAUGCAGCAGUAUUACCAUCAAUACCUGUUAUUAUCUCAUUAUACGUCAUUUUCGUUGAAUUAAUCUUUGCUUUUUCAAAAAGUCAACUUGCAGCAGUUAUAGGCGUUUACUUAUUCACUUUCAAUGGUGGAUUAGGAUUUCAAAGCGUUUUCAACGAGGAACAUCGAAAAUUUUGGCAAACAGAUUAUGUUCGCUUUUGGGGAAAGGAUAUGCAAGAAUUUUGGUUACAGGCAACAUCACACAUUCUUCUUCCUCAAAGAGCUUCACUCUAUUCCUUGCCAAUCGUAUGGUCCGUACUUUUAAUUUUAAUUUCUUGCAACAAUAAUCGAUCGAUAAAAGAAUUCAUCGCCGCUGGACUACUUGUAGCCGAACUACCUCAAGUUCACCCUCAUUCAAUCAUUGCUUUGGCUCAAUGGGGCGGAGUUUUUGCUUUAAUUACAUUUCCAUACAGAAAACCUGCAAAAGUUAAGAUUUUUAUUAAAAAAUAUUUAGCUUUAGGAAUAGUUGCGAUCAUAUUCGGUGCAUUCCAAUGCGUAACUUACACAGGAAGAACAACUCAUAAUAAAUUUAUGAAAAUACAGCCUGUCAACAGAGGAGACUACCAAAAGAACAUAUUUGUACUUUGGUGGCGUGCAUUAGGACUAUUUAUUGUGAUGUCUUUCAUCCAUGCGCCGAUCAUUUUCAACAAAUAUCAGUUUCAAUGCUAUAUUCCGUCUUUAGUAGUAUUUCUUAUAGGAAAUUUCGUUAUCUAUCAACCAUGGUCGCUAGAUAACACUAAAAUAUGGAAUGCCACUUUUAUUCCAAUAGCAACUGCAGCCGUGGCACUUUUUCUAUCGGAAUUGACUUUACACGGAAAUGUUGGAAAAUUAAUAUCUAUUGUCCUGCUAUUCUUCAGUACAUUUUCAGGUAUAUUAUGUGUACAUAGUACAUAUAAAUGCCGAUCUAUUGAAUGGGAUAUCUACAAAGCUCCUUAUGAAAUUGCAAAUUUCGUCAUUAAUAAAACACCACCUGAUUCCAUAUGGAUGACAGACAACCAACAUGAAAACCCCAUUGUAACGCUUGCAGGUCGACGGGCUUUGGUCGGUUAUAUCGGUUGGUUGAUGAAUCACGGUCUUGAUUACAAUGAAAGACGAGCAGCAAUGAAUAGGCUUUGCUUAAAUCCAGAGAAUACUACGGAGAUUGAUAGAUACAAUGUAACUUAUGUAGGUUUAAGAUACAGUAAUUUAGAAUAUCGAUUCAAGCCUCCACGAAACUCAAAGAAAUGGGAACAUGUAUACAGUUCUGUUGCUUUUGAUGUAUGGCACCGAACCAAGGUUGUGUAA